AUGCCACCAACCUUCCAGUGUGGGAAGAUGAGCAAACCAGGGUAUCCUGGCGGUGGUAUCCCUUACUUCUCUAUCUAUCUCAACAGCUCUGACCCCAACAUCCCUCCUCUCGAUCCCAUCAAAGACGACAUCGUGAGACUCUUCCGCCAGCAGAAGGUCAACGCACAUGUUCAGGUCAUAAGCAGCACUGUCAUCGCCCCUCGUCGAGGGGACAACAAUGCAGGCACAUUAGGCGGACUUGUCACAUUGACUCAUGGUGGAAUUGUUCGCCGAGGCUUCCUCACGAGUCUGAACGAAUUCGGCUCACUCAAGGGAGGGGGUUAUUGCAUUAAAAACGGCCGUACCACUGGUGUUUCUGCAGGCAUCUGCAACGGACCAAAAGCGUACUGCAACUGGGACUCCAGAUGGGUGAUGUUAGCGCAAUACGCUACACAGAUAUAUUUUAUUGUCGCUAAGCUGUAUGAAGAGUACAUUGAGUACUUGGUUAAAGACACAUUCUCUAGGGAACCCCUCGCAGAUAGAGAUGAUGCUUCCUUUGACAACCUUGUCAAGAACCAUAAGCAUCUGCACGACCUUGCUGGGACACGUGUCCAAAUUGCUACCAGCGUUUCAUACCCCCUCGAUAGCAACGCAUAUCUAAUAAUGCGGCUACUAGGACCCUUCAGCAUUUAUUCCGCCGAAGAGAUGCUGGCCUUUGGUUUUCUUGUUGUCGCGCUUACCAUUGUCCAGAACCGGGAUUGGAAGAAGAGUAAGGAGGAUUAG